GUAUGGGACUCAGCCAAAUAAUGUACAUGUGAUGAUCUCAGACCCAAGCUGCUUAUAAAAACUUAUGUACUGACGGAUUUGUAUAAAUCUACUCAAGUCUAGUAUGGCUAUCUCAGACCCAAAAACACUCCAAGCUUACUGAGGAAUUUGUAUAACUCUGCUAAAGUCUAGUAUGGCUGCAUUCAGGAGGAGAAGACAGAGCUUGUCAGAGGCUGUGGGGUCAGGAGUACGUCCUGCAAGCCCAUUUAUUGACCAGUCAUUCACCUCACUUGAAACCAGGCAAUCCUCAAGCCUUCGCCGACUCCGUGUAAACACUCUUGAGGAGGUGAACAUCUCCGAUCACGAGAUUCAGGCCCUGAGAAGUCGUGUCCUUCACCACAGGGGGUCUGUUCAGGGGACAUUUACUACAGAAAGCAGACUCCUCCAUCGAGUACGAAGAUUUAUCAAUAAGAUUGGAAGCAGCAGAGAACACUACUCAUUGUUCAUCUUCCAUAAAAAUGGCUGGUUUAGAAAAAAUGUGAAGAAAAUAGCCAAGUCAGGAGUGUUCAAGCUCUUCAUGGCUCUGGUGGUGCUGCUGCACUUUGUGACACAGUGUUUCUACAUUCCAACCAUAAACGGAGAUGAUACCCUUAUCAAUACAGUUAUCUAUUAUGUUACCGUAGUGGUACUAGUCCUGUACAUAAUGGAGGCAGUACUCAACAUCAUAGCUUACAGCCUGGUCCACUCUCCGAAGGCUUACUUACGGAAAUACGCUCAUGUCCUAGACAUCUUUGUCAUCAUUGUGGGGAUCCUGUAUAUAGCAACGUCCAAUAUUAACCCGCUGGUCGGAGAGAUUUUUGCUUCAUUUAUGGCCUUCAAGCUCAUCAAGUUGUUCGCCUUAUCGGAAAGUGUCCAGUUCAUUUUGAAGGCUCUGGCCAAGUCGGUUGCUCCUCUUUUCUACCUGGGUGUCCUCACUUUCAUUGUCAUCACCUUCCUGGCACUAAUUGGUAUACAGCUGUUUAACGGCAGACUACAUAAAGGAUGCUUCGCCUCACACCUCACUCCAGCUGGUAUAAACAGGACUGUGCUAGUGAGUGAGUUCCCCUGUACUCAAAAUCAGAGUAUUGAUGGCAGUCACAGCUGCCCAUACGGUAGCACCUGUGCAGAGUGGCCUGAGGGGCCUCGUCGCGGCAUCAUCUCCUUUAACAACAUGAUAUUUGCUUAUCUCACUGUGUUCCAAGUGAUAGGAUCACGAUCCUCUAUCUAGUCUUUCGUUAGGCUAACACCUGAAUCACUGCUUCUUCUGGUCAGUGCUGGACAGUGGGGCUCCUUCCUGUGUGUAGCAGGAGAGGGGCAGGGGGAAAUCAAAGAUCGAUACAAGAACAAAUCCACACAUCCCAGUGAUGCACAUAUCCAAGGAUUUUCUAGUGUAGUUAGCUUUGUAAACAUGAUUAUUGCAAUGUUUGUGUCCAUUAAUUUGUAUUAAGGUUGUUGGUUUACAAAAAUACCAUCUAUAAA